CGCGCUACGCCGUCUCGCCGAUACGAACGCACCACAAAUGUCCGCGCUCUCUUUCACCGCGGCGGUCGCGCCCGCGAACCGCCGCGUGUUCGCCUCCGCGAAGAAAACCUCCGCCGCGAAGAAGGCUUUCCGCGUCACCGCCUACACGGAAGAACGCAGGUACGAGCAGUCCAUGAAGGUCAUGGAUCGAACCCAAGAAGUCCGAAGCAUGCGCGAGCUCGAGGCCGCGAUGAACCUCGCGGGCGAUGCGCUCAUCAUCGUCGCACUCGAGUCCGACGAAGAGUGCGUCGCCGGCGACCAGGCCGCGUGCAAGGAAGUCACCGCGUCGCUCGCGAGGAUCGCGCGCGACUGCAAAGACGUCGUCUUCGUCAAGGCGGAGGUCACGCACAGCGGCCCGGAAGCGCGCGAGAUCGCGGACAAGCUCGGCGUGCACCAGUUCCCGACGUACCAGUACUACAAGGGCGGCUCCCUCCUGUGGCAACACAUCGGCGCCGGCACGGGCACGACGACGGAGCUCUCCGAGGGCGUCCUGUACUACGGCGGCGCCGGCGCGAAGGGCCUCGACGUCCACGACUGGGUCUCGGACAUCAACUCCAAGAGCGAUUUCACCGAUUUCAUCGAUUCGUGCGCCGCGCCGCAAGUGCCCCCCGGGUUCGCGGGCGAGGUCAACGUCUCGUGCGAUAAGCAGCUCGCCAUCGUGGACGUCGGCAUGAACGUGGACGCCCCCGUCGGGUGCCUCGACAUGUUCCCCGCGGUGCUCUCGCUCGCGCGGAACACCGCCGGGUUCACGCGGUGGGCGCGCAUGGGCCUCGACGGCGGACCGGAGUGCGCGGCGCUCGCGAAGGAGUGGGGCGUCACGAAGGUUCCGUCGUUCGUGAUGUUCGCGAACGGUCGAAAGGUCGACAUGUACGAGGGUUCGAAUCGAGAGUUGCUCAUGAGCCACGUGAUGAACUUUCAAAAGGCGAACGGAAUCACGCUUCCUCAGCGCGUCCCGCCGAAGCGCAUGACGAACGCGGAGGCGAGGGAGAUCGCUCGCGAGGCGAGGGAACGCGCCAAGGCGGAGGGCAAGCGCACGGGGUGGUGAGAAGCGCUUCCUUCGGAAGUACUUUCGUGAGUGCCUUCGUACUUCGGAAGUACGACGUGCGACGACGAAUCGUGGCGUAUACAUACUGUUUGUUUUCGUUACGCCGAUACGGUACCACAUUUGUGAAUCUGAGACGAGAUGACUCUCCAAACCGAGAGCCAAACC